CGAGCACCCUCAUGUGAACUCCACGAGUGCGAGGGGAGGAAGCAGAAGGUCCGAAGGUCCGCAUAGAAACAUCAUGGAGGCGGCGGCACUGCUCGCCUCUGGUUCGAGCCCCGGCUCUCUUGCCUUGUCAUCCUCAUCAUGCCCUUUCUGUAGCUCUUCUUCUCUCUUGCUUGUUCGGGACAGAGGUUCAUUGGGAAAUCGUUCUCAUUAUACUAACGUCAAAUAUCCCAGAAGCUUCUCAGUUCGUGCCUCCUGUUCUGCCGACUCUGUUGUAACUCUGCUUGAUUAUGGUGCUGGCAAUGUUCGAAGUGUUAGGAAUGCUAUCCGUCACCUUGGAUUUGACAUUAAAGAUGUGCAAACUCCUGAAGAUAUUUUGAAUGCCCAUCGCUUAAUCUUUCCAGGUGUUGGAGCAUUUGCCCCGGCAAUGGAAGUGCUAAACAAGACAGGGAUGGCUGAGGCACUAUGUUCAUAUAUUGAGAAGGAUCGCCCCUUUUUAGGCAUUUGUCUUGGACUUCAGCUACUUUUUGAAUCUAGUGAGGAGAAUGGACCAAUAAAGGGUCUUGGUCUAAUACCUGGAACUGUUGGGCGAUUUGACUCAUCAAAUGGUUUUAGAGUUCCACAUAUCGGCUGGAAUGCUUUACAAGUCACAAUGGAUUCAGAAAUUCUUGAAGAUGUUGGAAACCGUCAUGUCUAUUUUGUGCACUCUUAUCGUGCAAUGCCAUCAAACGAAAAUAAAGAGUGGGUAUCCUCCAUGUGUAAUUAUGGUGACAAUUUUAUAGCAUCUAUUAGGAGAGGAAAUGUGCAUGCAGUCCAGUUCCAUCCUGAAAAGAGUGGAGAUGUUGGUCUUUCUGUUUUAAGAAGAUUCCUAAAUCCGAAUUCAAACAGGGCAAAGAAGGCUGAUAGAGCGAAGGCUUCAAAACUAGCGAAAAGGGUGAUUGCUUGUCUUGAUGUGAGGGCAAAUGACAAGGGGGACCUCGUUGUAACCAAAGGAGACCAGUAUGAUGUAAGAGAACAAACAAAGGAGAAAGAGGUAAGAAAUCUUGGCAAGCCAGUUGAGCUUGCCAGACAGUACUACAGAGAUGGAGCUGAUGAGAUCAGCUUUCUAAACAUUACUGGUUUCCGGGAUUUCCCUCUUGGUGAUUUGCCAAUGUUGCAGGUAUUGCGGUAUACAUCGGAAAAUGUAUUUGUACCCUUAACAGUUGGAGGUGGAAUUAGAGAUUUUACUGAUUCUAAUGGCAGGCACUAUUCUAGUUUGGAAGUUGCUUCAGAAUAUUUUAGAUCUGGAGCUGAUAAGAUUUCUAUUGGAAGUGAUGCAGUUUAUGCUGCAGAAGAGUAUCAAAGAACUGGAGUAAAAUCUCAGAAGAGCAGCUUAGAACAGAUAUCUAGAGUAUAUGGUAAUCAGGCAGUGGUAGUCAGCAUUGAUCCUCGCAGAGUCUACAUAAAGAAUCCCAAUGAUGUGCAAUUCAAGGCUAUAAAGGUGUCAAAUCUAGGUCCAAAUGGAGAAGAAUAUGCUUGGUACCAGUGUACAGUUAAUGGGGGACGAGAAGGCCGACCAAUUGGCGCUUAUGAGCUUGCAAAAGCAGUUGAAGAACUUGGUGCGGGAGAAAUACUACUUAACUGCAUUGACUGUGAUGGUCAAGGGAAAGGAUUUGAUAUAGAUUUAGUUAAUUUGAUCUCAGAUGCUGUAAGUAUACCCGUGAUUGCAAGUAGUGGUGCUGGUGCUGUUGGUCACUUUUCUGAAGUUUUUGCCAAAACAAAUGCAUCUGCUGCGCUUGCUGCUGGCAUUUUUCACAGGAAAGAGGUGCCUAUUCAGUCUGUAAAGGAGCACUUGUUGAAGGAAAAUAUUGAAGUUCGAAUUUGAUAUGCUGCUUGCUGAGAUUGAGAUGUAUUUACUAGGGGCAAAGAGAUCAGUCAAUCAGAAUGUUUUAGAUGAAGAGCUGUUCAUUAUGGAAGAAAAAGUAGGCGUGUUUUGUAGGAAAUAACAGGUUUCAAUAUUUCUUGUAAACCCAGUGUACUGAUUUCAAAGUAACUUAUAAAUCAAUUUUUAUUGGAUGUAUUGUUUCUGAAUUUGGAGCCACAUUGGGGUCCUGCUUUUUUUUUUUGUUUUUUGUUUUUGCCAACACCUUGGGGUUCUGUUUGGUCGUGCUGUUGUUUUUAUAUUGUGAUGGGACUAAAAUAUUACUACAUUGCUGCAUCUCUAGUUUGAAACAAAUGGAUUAUAUUUA